AUGGAUCACCACUUCUCCUACUCCUACUUCUUCAUCUUCAUCUUCACCUACUCUACGGCUUCAUCUACAGCUUGUCUACAGCUCCGUCUGCCCUGCUACUGUCUUUUCCUGCUAUGUCUGUCCGCUGCACUGCCUCCUCGCCGUCCAUCCUCGCCCGCCACGCAACGCCCUGACUGCUCCGUCCGACGGCCAAACUCCGGCUUAACUCCCCCGGACGAAGCAUCGACAGUGAUAUAUCCAGAGUCAAGGAGAAACAAUCACAAGUCGAGAUCCAGAGUCGAGAUCCAGAAGAAGAAGAGUGACAGGCUCGUCUCUGUCGCUCGGCCGUCCGCUGUCAAGCUGUCUUCAAGCAGAAUCCCAGCGCUGCCUCUCAUCGCCGCCGCCCGCUCGCCGCGUCCCCCGCUGCUCCUUCACCACCACCAGCCAGCUUCAGCUACAACUGCAACUUCAUCAGCAUCAGCUUCGAUAUUAACGUCCCUGCCGGCUUCUACGCUGAGUGCGCCUCGCUCGCAGACGCCCUUCGACUCCUCUGCCCCUUCGUCGCGCCCGGACGGCUGGUCGGACGCUGCCAUGGCCUCUACGCAGGCAGCAUCCACGGCCUCGCCAGCAGCAGAACAGCCGGCGCAGGCAAAGCAGCCGUCGAGCUUCUUCCCGCUGGGCUACAAGGAAGGAUUCAGCCAAUGGGUUCGUCUCCAGCUCUUGAUCUUGUUUUCUGGCUUAUUCUGGACUUGCAUGCCCGCAGCCACCGCUGAGCACAGCGUCCUCUCCUUCAUCCCUUACCUGCAGCAGGUGCCCACGCACAAGCAGACCGGCAAGGAGCCGUCAGUCCCCGAUGGCCAGGCGGCCGACAGUCUGACGGCUGCGGACACCUCCCAGGAGGGCCAGGUGUCCGCCAACUCGAUCGACGACCCUUACGGCCCCCGCAGAUGGCGGUCCAGCAUGGUGCAGCUCAGCGGCGACAAUCGGGCCCUGAACGAGUUCUCCGUCGAGCGCGUGGGCGAGAAGGUCGAGAACAACCUCGUCGUCCUGCAUGGGUACGGGGCCGGGCUCGGUUUCUUCUACAAGAACUUCGAGAGCCUCAGCCGUGCCAAAGGAUGGCAGCUCUACGCCCUCGACCUGCUCGGCAUGGGACGCAGCACCCGCCCGCCCUUCAAGAUCCACGCCAAAGAGCGAGACCAGGCCGUCACCGAGGCCGAGGACUGGUUCAUCGACGCCCUGGAGGAAUGGCGUGUCAAGCGGAAGAUUGAACGCUUCACCCUGAUGGGCCACAGCCUGGGAGGAUACAUGGCCGUUGCCUACGCCCUCAAGUACCCCGGCCGUCUCAACAAGCUCAUCCUCGCCUCCCCCGUGGGAAUACCAAAGGAUCCCCGGGCUGUCGACACAGAGCUUACCGAGCCGUCAGAGUCGACCUUGUCCGCCGAGUUCACUGAGAGCCAGGACGCAACCACCGGCAACGCCAAUAACAACAACAACAACAACAAUGGCCUCGCAGCCAGGACUCCUCCUCUCCUGCGGCCCCUGCCCAAAUGGCUGACCUAUCUCUGGGACUCAAACGUCUCCCCUUUCUCCUUUGUUCGCUGGUCUGGCCCCCUUGGCCCUCGCCUUGUAUCCGGCUGGACGUCCCGACGCUUCUCCCAUCUGCCUCAGCCGGAAUCAAAGGCCCUGCAUGACUAUGCAUACUCCAUCUUCAGAAUGCGUGGCAGUGGCGAGUAUGCGCUCUCAUACAUCCUCGCUCCCGGCGCAUACGCCCGCAAACCCCUCAUCAAUCGAAUCCACGGCGUGGGCCGCCAGCUCAUCAGAGAACCCGUCCCUUCGUCCGCCUCCCAGACCAGUCUCUCCUCCUCUGCAGAUUCCUCCGCCAGCCCACAGCCAUCCUCGUCCACGACCUCGGUCACUGCUGCUUCGGCACCUAACCCGGGCACGCAGCCUGUCCCGCGCAAGGAGAACGGUAUCCCCGUGGUCCUGAUGUAUGGUGACCACGACUGGAUGGACGUCGAGGGCGGCCACGCAGCGAAGAAGAAGAUCGACGAGGAGAGAGAGCGCAUUCUCAAAGACGCCAGCCCUGAAGAAAGGCUUGCAGACCGUGGUUCGGCCAAGGUUGUCGUUAUCAAAAAGGCCGGCCACCAUAUCUAUCUAGACGGGUGGGAGGAGUUCAAUAAGGUGAUCCUGGAUGAAAUGGAGGCCAUCUCUAAUGAAGGAUGA